CUUGUCAUCACUCAGACGCAACACUUACUCACUCAUUUGAAUUCACUCACUAUCCAAACAAACCAAAUUCCACAAACUCUUUCUUUCUCUCAACUUCAAAUCAAAAUCAAAGUGCAAAUGGAGAACCUAAUAUCAUUGGUGAACAAAAUCCAGAGAGCAUGCACCGCUUUAGGUGACCACGGUGAAGCAGCCACUUCUUUACCCACUCUUUGGGACUCUCUCCCUUCUAUCGCCGUCGUCGGUGGCCAGAGUUCUGGAAAAUCCUCCGUACUAGAGAGCGUUGUUGGCAAAGAUUUCUUACCUCGCGGAUCAGGCAUUGUUACACGGAGGCCUCUUGUUUUGCAGCUUCAAAAGAUUGAUGAAGGAAAUAGAGAGUAUGCAGAGUUUCUGCAUCUUCCUAGAAAAAGAUUCACUGAUUUCGGUGAUGUGAGGAAGGAGAUUCAAGAUGAAACCGAUAGAGAGACUGGACGAACAAGACAGAUUUCAACUGUUCCUAUUCAUCUCAGUAUAUAUUCUCCCAAUGUUGUUAACUUGACACUUAUUGAUCUUCCUGGCCUUACAAAGGUGGCUGUUGAGGGUCAACCAGAUAGUAUUGUCCAAGACAUUGAGAAUAUGGUUCACUCUUACAUUGAGAAGCCAAACUGUAUAAUUUUGGCAAUUACACCAGCCAAUCAAGAUCUUGCUACAUCCGAUGCAAUUAAAAUCUCACGUGAAGUGGACCCCACCGGUGAAAGGACAAUUGGAGUCUUGACAAAGAUUGAUCUUAUGGAUAAGGGUACCGAUGCCGUUGAAAUGCUGGAGGGGAGAGCUUAUAGGUUAAAGUAUCCCUGGAUUGGUGUAGUCAAUAGAUCACAAGCAGAUAUUAACAAGAAUGUUGAUAUGAUUGCUGCUAGGCGUAGAGAACGCGAGUAUUUUUCCAAUACUCCUGAAUAUAAACACCUUGCUCACAGAAUGGGUUCUGAGCACCUUGCCAAGAUGCUUUCAAAGCAUUUGGAGGCAGUAAUCAAGUCCAAAAUUCCCGGCAUUCAAUCACUUAUCAGCAAAACAAUUGCUGAUCUUGAAACCGAACUGAGUCGUUUGGGAAAGCCUAUUGCAGCUGAUGAAGGGGGAAAAUUGUAUGCAAUCAUGGAAAUAUGCCGCACAUUUGAUCAAAUAUUUAAAGAACACCUUGAUGGGGUGCGACCUGGUGGUGAUAAAAUUUAUAAUGUCUUUGACAAUCAGCUCCCUGCUGCUCUAAAAAGGUUGCAGUUUGAUAAGCAGCUUUCGAUGGAAAAUAUAAGGAAACUUAUCACAGAAGCUGAUGGAUAUCAACCUCAUUUAAUUGCGCCAGAACAAGGAUACCGUCGCCUCAUUGAAUCUUCUCUAACUAGUAUCAGGGGCCCUGCCGAGGCAGCUGUUGAUGCGGUUCAUUCCUUAUUGAAGGACUUGGUUCACAAAGCAAUCAGUCAGACUGUGGAACUGAAGCAAUAUCCAGGUCUGCGGGUUGAGGUCACAAAUGCAGCUUCUGAUUCGCUGGAACGAAUGAGGGAGGAAAGCAAAAAAUCAACUCUGCAGUUAGUUGAUAUGGAGUGUGGCUAUCUGACGGUUGAUUACUUUCGAAAACUUCCUCAAGAUGUAGACAAGGGUGGCAAUCCUACACAUUCAAUUUUUGAUAGAUAUAAUGAUUCAUAUCUUAGGCGAAUUGGAUCGACAGUUUUGUCUUAUGUCAAUAUGGUCUGUGCAAGUUUGAGGCAUUCAAUUCCGAAGUCAAUUGUCCAUUGUCAAGUGCGUGAAGCCAAGCGAAGCCUGCUUGAUCAUUUCUUCAUUGAGAUAGGAAAAUAUGAGUCCAAGCGUCUGUCAUCAUUGCUGAAUGAGGAUCCUGCAGUAAUGGAAAGACGUACCGCCCUUGCAAAGAGACUAGAGUUAUACAGGAGUGCUCAAGCUGAGAUUGAUUCCGCUGCUUGGUCUAAGUAGAUGUUAAGUUUGAGAGCUGGGUUGCUUCUAUUUCAUGUGUUAUCUUCAUUGUCUAUAUAUCUCUUUUCUUUCUUCUUUCAUUUACUUUGGGGUUUUGCAUUGUCAUGCAAAACGUUAUAUCUGUCAUCUUUACUAGAUGUCUGUCUUGUAAAAUAUAAUGUUUUUUCGUGGGUGAGAUUAUUGCAGUGUCUUCAAACGA